GAGCAAUGCUUGGGGAGAAAUCCCUGCAGAGCAGUUGCUGAGUGAUGUAGCGGGAGAGCUGUUAGGGGGACCCCCCUGGGGAGAGCUGUUAGGGGGACCCCCCUGGGGAGAACUGGGCUGCUCAGCUGUAGGCUGUCAGGCAGGGCGCCCCACUGGGCAAUGCAUUGGGGUGGGGGCCUGCUGUUAACAUCCCUGUCCACCCUGUUUCCAGUUCAAAGUGACCCAGCAAACCUUCUGCAAAUCUGUACAUGCCAUGACAUACCAGCCAUGGGGUCACUUCCCCCCGGGAUCGCCCCAGGACUGCCGCGCACGGGGGGCGUGUAUGGAAAAAUCCCCACCACCACCACCACCACCACCACUGAGUGUGACAGACACGGCCGUGGCUGCGGAGAGUCCGAGUCCCUGGCUCGGACAAGGAGGGAAGCUGACCCAGGCUGCCUGAGUCAGCCGAGAGCCUGAACCGCUUGCUUGGAAAGCAGGGGGGGCUGCCCCGUUCCUUGCAACGCUGCUUUAGCGGCUCACCCGAGCCUGGCGGAAAGGAGAGGGAAGCAGCAUAUUAUGGUGAGAUCUGCCCCAGUAUUAAGUGUGGGGGGCACGUACCCCAAAGAACUAAGUGGGUUGCGGGGGGAAGCCUUUAACAAUGAAGGUAUCCCAGCUACCGAGCAACCCUCUUCUCUCCCUGCCGCAAGCAACGCUUUGUGCCUCUGGGAGAAAUGAGUAAGAAAAUCUGUUUGGAGAGGAAGCCGCCUCUUUAGGAGGUUUAUGGCUUUUUCCGUGAUUCGCAUUUUUACCCCCACCCUGCUCCCAUCAUACUGACCUAGAUUUAAAAAAAACAUUUUUAUGGGGGACAGACCAAAAGCUUUGAUCUUCCCACGUUGCUUGUUUCCCUUUCAUCCUGGACGACGCCAGCCGCUCUGGGCCGGCCGAAAACGUUCCUGGCAGGGAAAAAUACGAGGGAACUCAGGAAAGGAUGGCCAAGGGCUCGCGCGAGAUAAGGUGUGGGCUGUUGUGUUCGAGAAAACUCUGGCGUUUCCCUAGUGCGCGGGGAAACAGGGAAAACCAGGGCCUGUACCUCGGCGGUGUGUACUUUUGCUUGACUGCAGGUGGCUAGAAGGGGUCAGGAUUCACCCACUGUCUUAGUCCCAGUCUCCGCACUCACCGGUUGUCUCUUGUCGGGUUUGUUAUUUGCAUUGCCAUGAGGCCUGCGUGCCCCGCCGGCCGAGAUCCCUGCACGGACACAGACCAAGGGAUGGCGGCUGGCCCCGAAAAGCUUCCAGUCUGGGUCUAAAACAAGAAACAAGAGCUGGGGGAAGAGAAGCAAAGAACGGAGCAGGGCUGGUCAGCAUGUCGAGGGGAGAGUUUACAUUACCGGCUCUAAAAUCGCCCCGCUAACCAAGGCAGCUGUCCCAGUAAAACGCAGGCAUGGUCUAUACUCGCGGUACCCCGGGGGCACGCAGAGGCCCUCCAGGGGCUCCAUCAGCUCCUCUAGAUACUUGCCUACCUACCAGGUGAGAUAAAAACCAGUCGCAAAGUCAGCAAACUAAACGUCCAUGCAGCCCAGAUGAGGACCUCAGCAACUCUCCAGUCGCAGCGGGGCUGGGCCGCGUCUGACUUUCCGUGUCUGAUUUUGUAAGCGCGUCGUUUUGACGGAGGGUGGAACGGAGGUGCAGGGACUCGACCAAGGCUGGACGGGGACUCGGUGGUGGAGAUGGGAACCCAGCCUGGCCUGCCUGAGCCGCAGGCCUCUGCUUCCUAAAACCGAUUAAGGGGCACCCCCCCCCCCCGCAGCACAGUAGCAGAGGGGAGCUCACGACUGGGGAGAUCAAGGAAAACCUUGGGGACCAUCACAGCAGCAGCCAGGCAUGGAGGAGGACACCUGCACGUCCUUUGUCCCAUUUGCUAAGCAGUCCAAGACGGUAAGCAGAUAUAAACCAGAAUCUAACACCAUGGAGCUUCCCACCCAUCAGCGAGGCCCGUGUUACAACACUGAUGAAUUCUGGAGCGGGCUCAGCCGGCGGCCAAGCCCGCACUGGAUGGAAGAAUACAGGGAAGCCUCACCCCUGCUGAGGUCUAGCUCAGCCGUCCACAGGCCCGAUGCUCAGACAGACGCAGGCUCCUGGCAAGUGCUAGCUGUCCCGCGGGCACUCCCCUCUCCUCGGGAGCUGUGUCGGAGGAGAAGCGGCCGGCUGAAACGAAAGAGACUGGAGAACGGUAGCGUGAUGUCGGUCUGUUACCAUCUGGAGGAUCUGAAGAAAAGGCAAAGCAGCAUUGAUCAGUUGAAGCGGUGGAAAUGGGGUGGAUAUGGAUCCCCAGCCAACUCUGAAGGGCUUGAAGGCGCCGCUGUCUCUCUCGCAGAAGAAUUGCAAAGCGGAAGGGACCUGCUGAGCCAUUUGACAAAACCAAGACCUUCCUGGCUCUGUGGAGAGGAGUCUUUUGUUAGCAGCAGCGGGCAGAGGAGCCACGGCCACAGCAAGGGACCCCCGAGGAAAGCCGGGUGGUCUCCUCCCUCGUGGCCAUGGGAGACCGACCCCAGCUGCCGGUCAGGUGCCGGCCUGAGGAAGCCUUCUGGGGCUUUGGGCACAGGCCAGAAGAGUGAUCCUGAAGUGCUCGGCAUUAGCAUGGGGGAUGGAGGGGACUAUCACCCACGCACAGUUGCAGCAGGCCUUCUAUUGAAAGUGGAUUAACUCUCCUCUCCUGACAUCGGGUGACGGGAAAGCGAACUCCCCGAGAGCCUGCUCGGUUCCUGGUUAUUGACUGUUUCGUGCCUUGGGUUUUGGGUGUUGUUGGUUUUUUUUUUUUGGCAAGGAAAGCAACCGAUUCCUUCUUUGACGCUCUCUGUGGGCUUUCGGGACACGGCUCCGCAGCCAGAAAGACACCGGCAGAGACUUCAGGAUUGUUUCCAUAGUGAUUCAGUGAGUAGAAGAGGAGGCUGCCUGUAUUCCCCCGCACCCCGCUCCUACAUAUCGGAGGGGUGUUUUAGUUAUCGAACGCUUAGAGCGCAAACCAACCCAGGGAACCGUGUCUAAGGAAUCUACUGCCUUCAGCUCCUGGACAUGAUGAGCCACCCUGACACGUGCUGAAACAGCCUCAAAGCCAUGUCCCCUGGCCACCCUCCCACCAAAAAAUACUCAGAUAAGCCUCCAGCCUGGGACCUUGUCAAAACCUGAGCUGAAGUUUGGAUCCGUCUCUGCCCGGGUGGAAGGCUGUGGGACCCUACCCUCCUGGGAGACAGCUUGCGCUCCCCUCUUCCUGCGGGAAGGGCAAAAGCCAUGGGUGGCCCGGUCCCGGGACACUUGAAUAUGCUUCUCUUCUCCCCAGCAAGAGCCGUCCAGGUGAGGUAAGUGUGAAGAGGGGCACCAAGGGGAGAGGCGAUACUGCUGGCUUUCCCCAAAACUUGGUGUCAGGGAGAGUGGGGUGCGAACCCAGACCAGUUCUGCUCUGGCCAGUUCCCCUGUCCCUAGUUUCGGGGUAAUCACCCUUGAGGAAAUACCUUGGGCCGAACGCCUGACCCUCCAGCGCUCUUUGGAAAACCCAAGCCCCCCCUCCUGGCUCAUUUCGGAAGGCCGACUUGAAUGAAAACAGCGAGGGUGAAAUUCAAUUGGGGCCAGUGAAUUUCCCUGAGAGAACAAUCAGGGUUCUUACCCUCUUUGUGCUGCGUCUUUCAGCAAGGGCUGGGGCUGGCUGAGGUCCAUCCACCAUUGCACCUGACUCGUCCAAUGCGGCGGGAUAAAAACACAGGUUCUCGGCAAUGCUCAGACCGUCUAUUGUCACUGCAAAAUGAUCAGCGUUGGGCUUUUGAAGGCGUCACAUAAUAGCCUGCUGUGACUAGCAUCUCUGGAUAGACCAGAUGUUUGGCAAGCGUGCAUUAGAGUGAGGGGUUUGCAGUCUGGCCAUACGCAAUUAGCUCAUGUUGUACUGUAAUAUCUGAGGCCAGCAAAGCACAUAAGCCCAUGCUUGAUUUUAAGCACAUGCAUAAGCCUAUCGAUGUCCAGCAAGGAGUGUAAGUACCUAGCUGAAAGCAGGCCCAACUGAUUCAUGCUUUUACUGUUCCAGAACAUUUAACAUAUACUUUGUGAAGUUCAGUAAGAGUUAACAAGAGAGCUCUGUUGUUCAACUCUAGGAGAAGUGACCCUAAAGGUUUAUUGGACAAUUCCUUCGUUUAUCUCACGGUAGAGUGACCCUACGCAAAAUCUGCACUAGCAUUCUUGUCUCGGUUUUGCUGCUUUUCGAUGCCUAAGGCUUAGCUCAACUUGUCUGGAAAGGUUAUUUAGACAGUGGUUGUACACUCCUGUAUUCGUUAUGGGAAAUGUAGCUUAUUUAUUAUCCGCACUAUUAAACGAAGUGGAAACAC